UAUUGAGUUUUGAAAAUUAAUUUUUCUUUUAAUUAUGUAAGAAAACCGGAAGGGUUGUCAUGGAGAAGGUAAGAAAGUAUUAUAGCCACUUCUAGUUGGAUUUCGGGAACUAAUGUCUUUUUUUUAAAUACUUCCUCAUUAAUACUAUCUUUUCCUAAUAAUUUAAUAUUAACGAAAUUAAUGUGAUUAUGUAAUGACUUAAUUUUUUAAAGAGUUACCAUUAAAAUACAUGGUACGUAUAUACAUACUAAGGUUGUUUUAAUUUGAAAAAAAUAUCUACGUUAUUUAUUAUAAUGGUAAGAUGAAAGAACGAGACACAGCCUCCGUCAUGACUAUCUCCCUUGGCUCGGAUUAGCUUCUGUAAAAGAAACAAUUAAAAUUACACUUUAAUUAAUAAAUUUUAAGUUUAUUUUCGUAAUGAUAGUUUUUCAGUUAUAAGUCCUGUAAAUAUCUAUUAAUAAAGCCUGAACAUAAAAAUAAAAAACCCGCUAUAGAGGCGUACACAUUCUUUUUUUUAUUGUAACGCUUAGUAUAUAAAUGCGACAAUACAUUACAAUAGUUUAUUACUUUAAGUGUUUUAUUUUAAAGGUUAUAUUGAUGACAUAAUAAUUUAUUAAAUACCAUGCAACCUUGGUUGUUUUACUAUUUUUAACGUAGAUUCAUUGGUUUACUCCAAUAGAACGAAGUUUUUUUUUUAUUUUUCUGGUCGCGAUUUAAAUAAUAAAUCUAUGCUUUAAAAAAAGUGCUUUAUGAGUUAUACAAGGCAAUUUAUAGUAUGGCAACAAACCCUAUGUCGUUUGUGGCAACUUUGCUCUCUCAAAUGUCAAAUCUAUUUUUUCUGGGAAAUCGUGGUCGUGCUUUGUAUAGUAAAGUUAAAGAUUUAAGGACUUCAUUUAGAUUUUUACAUACACACAAGAUGGCAGAGAAACCCGUUGACUACACAAAUACAAAUGGGACUGGGAGUAAGACUCCUUUCUUGAUCGGAGUCGCCGGAGGAACAGCGAGUGGAAAGUCAACAGUAUGUCAGAGGAUUAUGGAAAAAUUGGGACAGCAACAGAAAGAGCACAACGAGAGGCGCGUGGUGUGCAUCAGCCAGGACUCGUUCUACCGCACGCUGACGGCAGCCGAGAGGCUGCGUGCUGAACGCGGACAGUUCAACUUUGACCACCCUGAUGCUUUCGAUGACAGGCGGUUGUUGGGCGUCCUUAAAGACAUUCUGGCAGGCAAGAAAGUUGAAGUGCCGGAGUACGAUUACAUUAAUAAUACUAUUAACCCGCACCGGUCUCAUACCAUCUACCCAGCAGAUGUGGUGCUGAUCGAAGGCAUUCUGGUGUUCUACUUCCCUGAAGUGCGCGAGUUGUUUCACAUGAAACUAUUUGUCGAUACAGACUCUGACACGAGACUGGCAAGGCGAGUUCCCCGCGAUAUAAUGGAGCGGGGUAGAGAUUUGGAGCAGGUGCUUAAUCAAUACAUGAACUUCGUAAAGCCAGCUUUCGAAGAGUUUUGUCUGCCGGUAAGUACUGUUCUUUUAUCAUUUGACUAGAUAAGUGCUGCUAUUCUUCAUUGUUGUUAAUUCAUGUAUUUGUUUAAAUUAUCUUAUAAAAAAAACAUAAAGUUAAAGUUCCAAAUGUAAAUCAACAAAUUAAAAGUCGAAUUGACUUUAAGAUUUUUUCAUUAGAAGUUGUCAAAAAAUAAUUUUAAUGGGCUAUUUUAUUUAAGGAGUUUGAUACAAACGUUCAAACCUCAUUUAAUUUUCAUACCAAAUGUUUUCUUUUUUUUUCAUGAUGAAUAUGUUCAAAUUUGUUGUUGAUCAGCAGUCUGCUUACAUUUUCAUUAUUAUAAGCUCAGCAUUUUUGUAUGCUCUUUUCUGUACAAAUAAUUCUUUAAAGGUAUUUGCUCACCCUGUUGCUUAUUUUACUUAAAUAUUGAUUGAAAUUUGUCAUUGUCAUUUUGUUUGUAGACGAAAAAAUUUGCCGAUGUUAUCAUCCCUCGCGGCGCCGAUAAUUUCGUGGCUAUUGACUUGAUCGUACACCACAUUUGGGAUAUAAUGUAUAAGAAGAAACCGGCGGCAGCUAGGCAGGUGAACGGGACUUGCAACGGGACACAUCAUGAAGUGGACGAGGGAGGUCGACGGAUGUCCGGUAGCUCUGAGGAUACACUCAGCCGAUAGUAGUUCUAACUUGGCUGGUGCACUGCAUAGACGGUCUUUACUAUUUCUCUGAAAACUGACUUUUAAAACGUUCAAAUAAUAUUGUUAAAUAGUUUCUUUGCGAAUAGGUUAUUUGACUGUUG